UUGGAUUUAGUUUGGUACCUAGCAGUACCAGUACCUGGAGGUACCAAUUGUUGGACUGUAAAAAUUCUCAUAAAAGGUCAAUUGAAGUUUGGAGCUUGCAAUGUUGCAAUCAAAGUAUUUAGACUUGACCAAAAUGGAGCACCGAAAAACUUUUUUGCGGAAUGUGAGGCCUUGAAAAACAUUCGCCACCGGAAUCUUAUAAGAGUGAUCAACCUAUGCUCGACAUUUGAUCCAUCAGGAAAUGAAUACAAAGCACUUAUUUUGGAAUAUAGGAUUAAUGGAAACCUUGAAAGCUGGAUCCAUCCAAAAGUGCUCGGUCGAAAUCCUACAAAACAUUUGAGUUUGGGUUUAAGAAUAAGAAUCGCCGUAGACAUUGCCGUGGCUUUAGACUAUCUUCACAAUCGAUGCUCUCCUCCUAUGGUUCAUUGCGAUCUGAAACCAAGCAAUGUCCUUUUAGAUGAUGAAAUGGUUGCAUGUCUUAGUGACUUUGGACUUACAAAGUUUCUUCAUAACAACAUUAUAAGCCUAAACAAUUCAUCAAGCACUGCUGGACUGAGAGGAUCAAUUGGAUAUAUUGCUCCAGAGUAUGGCUUGGGGUGCAAGGUCUCAACUGAGGGUGAUGUAUACAGUUAUGGAAUUAUUGUUCUAGAGAUGAUCACAGGAAAGUGCCCAACCGAUGAGAUGUUUAAGGAUGGCAUGAACCUUCGUAGCUUAGUGGAAUCAGCAUUUCCACAUAAGAUCAAUGAUAUUUUAGAACCUACUAUCACCGAACAUCACGAUGGCGAAGACUCAAAUCAUGUUGUGCCUGAAAUUCUAACAUGUGCCAUACAGCUGGCUAAGCUUGGGUUAAUGUGCACAGAGACAUCACCAAAAGAUCGACCGACAAUUAAUGAUGUUUAUUAUCAGAUCAUUUCCAUCAAAGAAAAAUAUCAUGCACUGAUCAAUCACUGAGGAAAUGGAUGGAUACUACUGAAGUUCGCCUGCUGAAGCUUGUAAGAUAGUUUUGGUACUCAUCUUUCAGUUUAUAGUAGUAAAGAUUAUCUCUCUUUGAUUUGAAAUAAAUCAUGAUGAAUUUGUAAUUAAAUUGGUGUGAGCCAAACUGCAAUAUUAGUUAAAUCAUGACGAAGCACGCCUAUGUUGUCAACACAAUGCAUCAGAAUUAACUAUACCAAUCUGUAAUCUUUGAUAUAUAAACCCAAUUUCCUCCAAAUAUUAACUGUACCAAUCUGAAUUUCCCACUAGAGAACCAAUUUUGUUGCCCAGAUGUUUGAGCUCAAGCACUCACAUCCUCACAUACUCGCGCACUCCAGAAUCCAGAACAACACAACACACGCGGGAGGAGGACCGAAGCAGUCGUCGGAAGAAGGACAUGCGGUGGUGCUAUGUGGGGAAGAUCAUCAAGAUUUUUUUUGUCUUCGGAAUAAUGCUUGUCGUCGGCAUCGACAAGCCCAUGCAGCUGCGGUUGUUUGCCGGCACACUUGCCCCCAUCAUUUGACCAAAUACGGAUAAUACGUUAUUCAACGUAUAAGCAAAAUAAUAAUAAUAAUUUAUAGGUAUAAUUUUUAUAUAUGCGUUUUAACGACUUGAAUAUCAAUGCUGAGGAACAAACUUCGAUGAAACAACUUGCUGUAUGGAGAAACGAUGUGGUCGACUGACAGUACUCCGAUACUUUUCGGGGUGCAGGGGAGAUCGGCAUGAUGGCGUGUUGCUGCGCACGAGCUGUCCCAGCU